AUGGAAGAACCAGAGCUGCCUGGGCUGCUAGUAAAUGAAGUGGGAGGAAUACUCGGUGUCUUAGAAGGGCAUGUGCCCUUUCUGAAGAAACACUUUCACCUUAUCACCAUGAAGGAGUUUCUUGAAAACAAAGCCUGUCUUAGUGGAAAAGUCAAAGCUCUUUAUGUAUGGUGGCACAGACCAGUCAUUGACCGAGAGCUUCUGAAGAGCCUACCUAACUUAAAAGUGGUUGCAAAUUCCGGUGUAGGAAUGGACCACUUGGAUCUGAAGCUGAUUGCAGGGUUUGGAGUCAGGAUGGCCAACGCUCCCAACGCCGUCUCCAGCUGCACAGCAGACGUUGGGAUAGCUCUGCUGCUGGCAGCUGCUAGAAGACUCAUUGAGGGUUGCCAGGUGGCUACUUCCCCAGACACUGAGUAUUUCCCUUGUAACAUGUUAGGAGAUGAAGUCAAUGGGGCCACUCUGGGUAUCAUUGGAAUGGGCAGCAUCGGCUACAAAGUUGCUCAGCGGGCCAGUGCAUUGGAAAUGAAAAUUAUUUAUCACAACAGGAACAGAAGGAAAGAAGAUGAAGAACUGGCUGUGAGCGCCUGUUAUUGUGGGAAGAUAGAAGAUUUGCUCCAGCGGUCCGACUUUGUGAUGCUUGCUGUCAAUUUAACACCUCAGACGUACAAACUGAUUGGGAAAAAGGAGCUAGAACUGAUGAAACCUUUAGCUACCCUCAUAAAUAUCUCUAGAGGAUCAGUUGUUGACCAAGAUGCACUUGUGGAAGCUCUUCAAACUGGGAUUAUUAAGGGUGCUGCUUUGGAUGUCACUUAUCCGGAACCACUGCCCAGAGAUCACCCAUUAUUAAAAAUAAAGAAUGUUAUUUUAACCCCUCAUCUUGGUUCCAGAACGCACAAAACCAUCCGUAUGAUAACCGAGGAAGCAGUAAAAAAUAUACUGGCUGCUCUCCAUGGUCUCCCAAUGCCCAGUGAAGUAUUUCCUGACUAA